AUGAUUAAUCGAAAGACGUUAAUUUACCUUUUAUCAGUACUGAUAUUAGCUACUGCAUUGCCCGUCGAAAAUAACAGUGUAUUCGACCCUUCGGACAUUGAAAUCGAGGUCCAUAGAUCCAGGUUGGAUAAAAGGCUUUUCGAUGUGUCCGUUACCAGUGAUUCAAACACUGUCCUGGGAAGCGCGAAUAUUGGACCCGGCCUUGAACUCAUCUCAUCCACGACUACCAGUACGUCCCAUAACCCUGUCACUUCUACAGGAUAUAGGAGUUCAUCUAUUGCAGACUUAUCAUCGACUACAGUAAGACUGGGGGGGCUAACUUCUACUUCGAGUACAACAAUAUCUACCACAACAAAAUCAGACUAUGGAAGUACAACUUCUGCUGACUUCUUAUCUACAACAGUAAGUCUAGGGGAGGAAAUUACUGAUACAAGUAAAACAUUACCUACAACGACUACAGUAAGUCUAGAAGGGCUUACUUCCACUAGGGGUGAAGCAGUAUCUACCACUACCACUACAAAAUCCGACUACGGAACUACAACCUCUGCUGACUUCUCAUCGACAACAGUAAGAUUAGGAGGGUUAACUUCCACUUCGAGUGAAACAGCAACUACCACUACAAGUUCAAACUAUGGAAGUACAAUAUCUACCGACUUCUCAUCGACAACAGUGAGACAAGGGGAAGUAAUUACUACUACAAGUAAAACAGUACCUACCACCACAGCCAGUUCAACAAGUACAUCCAAGACAACUAGCUCCAGCACAGCAAGUGCAUCAUUUUCGGAGUUAGCAUCUGUCAUCAUUAGUCAGUCUCUAAAUCUUCAAUCAGGAAGCACUACAUCCACCCAGCCAGGUGCUACAGGGUUUGCUAUUUCCACAUCCUCCGCGCUAUCUGCAAAUCCCGCGGAUCCAAACAUUCAAUUUGGUAAUCUUAGGACCUCCAGAACAAGCGGCAACUACUUAAGCAGUACAAUCAGCAUCGGCAGUAGCAGUAGAGUAGGAACUUCUACUAGUACAACUAGCACAACUACAAGUACGACUGCUAUUGGCAGAAAAAGUGAAGGCACCAGCAGCAAUGCCAUUACUAGUACAUCAAGUAGCAGUACUACCAUUGCCAGCGUUGGAACUACCAGCAGUGAAGCCAGUACUGUAUACACUACAAGCACCGUAACCAGUAGCAGCGUUGGAACUACUAGCACUAUUAGCACCAUCAGAAGGGGUACCAGUAGUAUUGUUGAAACUACUAGCAGCAUUGCCAGUAGUAGCACUACUAUCCUCGAUCGUGGCGCUACAAGCGAUUCCGGUAGCACUACAAAUGGCAGGAGUAGUAGGACAAGCGUUAUCGAUCUCAGUGCCAGUGAGAUAAACAGUAUGACAAGCGCUAUUAGCACAUCUCAACUCAAUUCAUUGACCACAGUGAGUACACCUCUGGUGGCGGUAAAUCCUAAUAUACUGUUCCAUACUACAGUUACGGAGAAGACCAGCUCAACAAAACUAGCGACAUCAACACAAACUUCUUCUUCAUCAACUACCAAAACGAGAACUACGCAAUAUCAUGAUACCACAGAAUCUUCUACCACUACUAAGUACCAUACUACCAGUACUGGGACUAGCCACCAAAGUUCUAGCACGACUAGUAAGUAUCACACUUCCAGUACUACUAGUAGGCACCAAACUACAAGUACUAGUCAACAUCAUACUACAAGUACCUCAAGUAAGCACUACAUUUCCAGUACCUCAACAAAGCACCAGACUUCGAGUACUACUAGCAAGCACCAGACUUCCAGUACUACUAGCAAAUACCACACAACAACUGCUACCAGUAAGCACCAUACUUCAAGUACUACUAGCAAGCCCCGCACAACUACUACUAGCAAGCACCACACUUCCAGUGCCUCAAGUAAGCACCAUACUACCAGUACUACUAGCGAACACCAGACUUCCAGUACUACAAGUAAGCGCCAGACUUCAAGUACUACUAGCAAACACCAGACUUCCAGUACUACAAGUAAGCAUCAUGCUUCAAGUACUACUAGCAAGCAACACACUACUGGUACUACUAGCAAGCAUCACACUUCCAGUACUACCAGUAAGCAUCAUACUAUCAGCACUGGCAGAAGACAUCAUACUCCUAGUACCACGAGUAAGCACCACACUACGAGUACCAGUAAGCAUCAUACUUCAAGUACUACUAGCAAGCAUCACACUUCCAGUACUUCAACUAAACAGCACACUACAAGUACUAGCAAGCACCACACUACAAGUACUAGCAAACACCACACUACGAGUACCAGUAAGCAUCAUACUUCAAGUACUAUUAGUAAGCACCACACUUCCAGUACCUCAACUAAACACCACACUACAAGUACUAGCAAGCACCACACUACAAGUACCAGUAAGCAUCAUACUUCAAGUACUACUAACAAGCACCACACUUCCAGUACCUCAACUAAACACCACACUACAAGUACUAGCAAGCACCACACUACAAGUACCAGUAAGCAUCAUACUUCAAGUACUACUAACAAGCACCACACUUCCAGUACCUCAACUAAACACCACACUACAAGUACUAGCAAGCACCACACUACAAGUACCAGUAAGCAUCAUACUUCAAGUACUACUAGCAAGCACCACACUUCCAGUACCUCAACUAAACAGCACACUACAAGUACUAGCAAACAUCACACUACUAGUAAGCAUCAUACUUCAAGUACUACUAGCAAGCAACACACUACUAGUACUACUAGCAAGCAUCACACUUCCAGUACUACCAGCAAGCAUCGUACUAUCAGCACUGGCAGAAGACAUCAUACUCCUAGUACCACGAGUAAGCACCACACUACGAGUACCAAUAAGCACCACACUACUAGUACUACUAGCAAGCAUCACACUACUAGUACUACCAGUAAGCACCACACUUUCAGUACUACUAGCAAGCACCACACUACUAGUACUACUAGCAAGCAUCACACUACUAGUACUAGCAGUAAGCAUCAUACUAUCAGCACUGGCCAAAGACAUCAUACUCCUAGUACUACUAGCAAACACCAUACUUCCAGUACUAGCAAACAUCACACUACUAGUACUACUAAGCAUCAUACUUCCAGUACCUCAACUAAACACCACACUUCCAGUACUACCAGUAACCAUCAUACUAUCAGCACUGGCAGAAGACAUCAUACUCCUAGUACCACGAGUAAGCACCACACUACGAGUACCAGUACGCAUCAUACUACUAGUACUACUAGCAAGCACCACACUUCUAGUACUACUAGCAAACACCAUACUUCCAGCACUACUAGCAAGCACCACACUUCCAGUACCACUAGUAAGCACCACACUUCCAGUACUACUAGCAAACACCACACUACUAGUACCAGUAAGCAUCAUACUCCUAGUACCACUAGCAAACACCACACUUCUAGUACUACUAGCAAACACCACACUACGAGUACCAGCAAUCAUCAUACUUCAAGUACUAGUAGCAAGCACCACACUUCCAGUACUACCAGUAAGCACCACACUUCCAGUACUACUAGCAAACAUCAUACUUCCAGUACUACUAGCGAACAUCAUACUUCCAGUACCUCAACUAAACACCACACUUCCAGUACUACCAGCAAGCACCACACUUCCAGUACUACCAGCAAGCACCACACUUCCAGUACUACUAGCAAACACCACAGUACUAGUACUAGUAAGCACCACACUUCUAGUACUACUAGCAAACACCAUACUUCCAGCACUACUAGCAAGUACCACACUUCCAGUACCUCAACUAAACACCACACUACUAGUACUACCAGUAAGCAUCAUACUAUCAGCACUGGCAGAAGACAUCAUACUCCUAGUACUACUAGCAAACACCACACUACUAGUACUACCAAGCAUCAUACUUCCAGUACCUCAACUAAACACCACACUUCCAGUACUACUAGUAAGCACCAUACUACCAGUACCUCAACUAAACAUCACACUACAAGUACUAGCAAGCACCACACUACUAGUUCUACCAGUAAGCACCACACUUCGAGUACUACCAGCAAGCACCACAUUUCCAGUACUACUAGCAAGCACCACACUACUAGUACUACCAGUAAGCAUCAUACUAUCAGCACUGGCAGAAGACAUCAUACUCCUAGUACUACUAGCAAACACCACACUACUAGUACCAGUAAGCAUCAUACUUCAAGUACUACUAGCAAGCACCACACUUCCAGUACCUCAACUAAACACCACACUACUAGUACUACCAGUAAGCACCACACUUCCAGUACUACUAGCAAACACCACACUACGACUACCAGCAAUCAUCAUACUUCAAGUACUAGUAGCAAGCACCACACUUCCAGUACUACCAGUAAGCACCACACUUCCAGUACUACUAGCAAACACCACACUUCCAGUACUACUAGUAAGCACCAUACUACCAGUACCUCAACUAAACAUCACACUACAAGUACUAGCAAGCACCACACUACUAGUUCUACCAGUAAGCACCACACUUCGAGUACUACCAGCAAGCACCACAUUUCCAGUACUACUAGCAAGCACCACACUACUAGUACUACCAGUAAGCAUCAUACUAUCAGCACUGGCAGAAGACAUCAUACUCCUAGUACUACUAGCAAACACCACACCACUAGUACCAGUAAGCAUCAUACUUCAAGUACUACUAGCAAGCACCACACUUCCAGUACCUCAACUAAACACUACACUACUAGUGCUACCAGUAAGCACCACACUUCUAGUACUACUAGCAAACACCAUACUUCAAGUACUACUAGCAAGCACCACACUACUAGUACUACCAGUAAGCAUCAUACUAUCAGCACUGGCAGAAGGCAUCACACUUCAACUACUACUAGCAAACACCACACUUCAACUACUACUAGCAAACACCACACUACAAGUACUAGCAAGCACCACACUUCCAGUACUACUAGCAAACACCACACUACUAGUACUAGUAAGCACCACACUUCCAGUACUACUAGCAAACACCAUACUUCAAGUACUACUAGCAAGCACCACACUACUAGUACUACCAGUAAGCAUCAUACUAUCAGCACUGGCAGAAGGCAUCACACUUCAACUACUACUAGCAAACACCACACUUCAACUACUACUAGCAAACACCACACUACAAGUACUAGCAAGCACCACAUUUCCAGUACUACUAGCAAGCACCACACUACUAGUACUACCAGUAAGCAUCAUACUAUCAGCACUGGCAGAAGACAUCAUACCCCUAGUACCACUAGUAAGCACCACACUUCUAGUACUACUAGCAAACACCAUACUUCCAGCACUACUAGCAAGCACCACACUUCCAGUACUACUAGCAAACACCACACUACUAGUACUACUAGCAAGCACCACACUACUAGUACUAGUAAGCACCACACUUCUAGUACUACUAGCAAACACCACACUACUAGUACUACUAGCAAGCACCACACUACCAGUACCUCAACUAAACACCACACUACUAGUACUACCAGUAAGCAUCAUACUAUCAGCACUGGCAGACGGCAUCACACUUCAAGUACUACUAGCAAACACCACACUUCAAGUACUACUAGCAAACACCACACCACUAGUACUACUAGCAAGCACCACACUUCGAGUACUACUAGCAAGCACCACACUUCGAGUACCUCAAGUAAGCACCACACCACUAGUACUACUAGUAAGCAUCACACUACUACCACUGAGCACCAUACUUCCAGUACUACUAGCAAGCACCACAGUACAAGUACCAGUAAGCAUCAUACUACUAGUACUACAAGUGAACACCACACUACAAGUACUAGUAAGCACCACAGUACAAGUUCUACAACUGAACACCAUACUACAAGUACUAGUAGGCACCAUACUACAAGCACUACUAGUGAGCACCCUACUUCCAGUACCAGUACACACCAGACGACUGUGUCAAGCUCACGAUCCAGCACAAGUAUAUAUUCUUCAAGUAUUGGCUCCAGCUCCAGCUCCAGUGCGCACCAGACGACUGUGUCAAGCUCACGAUCCAGCACAAGUAUAUAUUCUUCUAGUAUUGGCUCCAGCUCCAGCUCCAGUGCCACCUCAUCCUUCCAACAAACCUCAAGCACGAGUUCACAUUUUAGCUCAGUUCCCAUUACUCCAAGAUCGUUUCCCAUUUCUGGAUCCACCUCUGGCAUUAGCAGUACACUGAUAGGUACAUCCUCCUCCGAACUCAAGUCAACUACCGUUUCGACAAGUAAAUCAGCAGGAACCACCAGCUCCAUUACUACCUCUUCUAUGGUGUCUAGCAAUACAAGACCAUCAUCCUUAUCUUCAAGUGGUAGUACAACGCUGCCAUUAUCUUCGGUCAUAACUAGUUCGACGUUAUCGGCGUCGUCAUCUGCAAGCUCAAGAAUUGAAUCAUCGUCAGGGUCUUCAUUAUCCACAAGCCUAUCAAGUUUUUCUUCUGCAUUUACUUCUAGCUCCAUGUCCCUUUCGUCUGCUACAUCCUCUCUCUCAUCAAGUAGCAUAACAACAAGUGCAUCUAGCGUAUCUAUAUCAUCACCUUCAUCGUCCUUGUCAUCUACAGCAAGCAGCUCAUCUUUGGUUUCUUCUCCAUUAACUAAUUCUAGAUCUUCUAUCUCAUCAGUUGAGGUAAGUUCUACGAGUACACAAUCUGGAAAUCCACUCUGUGCCAGAGAAGGAGGUUGCGGCGGUAUGUCUACUUCUCGGGAAGCCAUAACCACGGGCUCUUCCAUGAUAGUCACAAGCAGUGCUAUUCUAAGCCCAACCUCCCCUGCAAGUCUGCCAACGACCCGUUUUGUUGUAACUACUUCACCAACCUCUCAUCAAAGUGGCCACAUCCAAAAACCGUCUACGAAAAUAGCAGCUGUAAGUUUCACUACUAAGGCCGUCACAAUCACCAGCUUUGAAACAAUCGUCAAGACCAUUCCUUGUAGCACAGCAACUCCCGGAGGGCAAACCACUGCGAAAGUAUCAACACAAGUUCUUACCAAGCUGGAAACUAUCCUAGUUACUGUGCCCUGUGCCACGCAAACUGGUCAACCAACGAACUCAUUCACAUUUUCAACAACGAUAGUCGAGAAUGUUAAAGCAGUGACUGUUACUUUACCUUGUACGACGGGCAAUCAAGCUGAGCAGCAGGCGCCGACUAUAACAACUCGCCUAGUGACAGAGCUUGAAACGAUAGUCCUAAAAAUCCCAUUUACAACCUCUACCACCGAGGCAUUCAAUGGCAAGCUAGUCCCAACUUCUAGUUUCGUUACCAUAUUUACUGGCAGUUCCCUCGGGCCCGGCAGUGGUAAUAGCAAUGUAAAUCCCAACCAAGGCUCAUCGAGUAAUACUGCUAAUAGCUCCGGCUCUGGCAGCGGUACGCCCGAAAAUGAGACUGGCUCAAUGAUAUCAGCUAAUCUGCCGGAGGGUAGCGGGUUGGGCACAAACCAAGGCACUUCAUCAACUAAAGAGGCUCCAGAACAAGCCACUUCAGUACAAGGUUCCUUCGAAUCUACUGAAACUGCUGCAUCAAUUUCUGUCGAAUCAUCCAGUACUUCAGUUCCUGAGGAAGCUGCCAGUGGUCCUACACCUCCAUUAUUGAAACCGGGCGGAUCAUCCACAACCACUUUGCCACCCCAAUCGAGUAACAAGGUUCCUUCCGUUGCAUCUUCGGGGAGCACUCUGCCUUCUUCACUCCCUGUUUCCACAGAAAUUGUAUAUUCUAAUUCCGGCACACAUUCAUCAUCCAUAUGUUCAACUACACUUGGGGUAAUUUUGGCUCUAUUUCUUAUCUACAACUGA